AUGUCAUUUGCUGCUCAGUAUAGGAACCCCUCUUGCAGUUGCAACACCGAGAGAUUACAGGAAGAAGCAGACUAUGGAGAUGAGGCUGAUGAACAGGACUGGCGUCACAGUCGAAAACGUGGACGUGAGGAGAACCAGGAGAUCCCGGCCAAUGCUCCGUGGUGGUUGCGCCUUGGUGCUGCCCGGCAGGAGGAGAAUCGCAAGGACCGGAAGGACCAGAAGGACCGGAAGGAUGCGGAUGACCCGUCAACGCCGGCAGAGCCCUGGUGGAUGCGAAGGGGAACAGGCUUAGGAUGGCUGCCCCAUGGUGAGGCUGGGCCACCAAAAGACGAGCACCUCAGUGGAGAGGAUACGCCUCCACUGGGCCGACCAGCUUCACUGCAUGGCGAGGUAACGCCACCUUUGCCCAAUGAAGAUGAGGGGAGUGUGACUCCGCCGUUGCUGGAUGAGGGAAGCGUGACCCCGCCCUUCAAGGAGGAGCCCGAAGGCCCUGCGGAGGUGCCGACAUUCUCAGAGCCCUCCAAUGGCUUGAAGCGUGGCAGGUCGCCGCUGAGACCACCUCACCCACCGAAGCCACCAGCACAUGUGGAAGUGGAGGGUAUGGUCUUGCAGGCCCUCCGUGAGAAGGAUUCCACCAUACCGCAGAACUGGCCAGCCAUCGUUGCUGCUGCUUAUGCGAACGAGCAUGACAGCGUUCAGUGGCUCAUCAACUCCAAGGUGGAUGUGAACGCUGCAAAUUCAGCAAAGUCGAGCGCUCUGUCGCACGCAGUUUUGGAGGAGAUGUACUUGGCACUAAUGAAUCGUAGGCGUACCUUGCUGGAUGUGGCUGAGAACGAUGGGGCGCCCCCACCGAUUAUCAACAUGUUGGAGAUUGCCGGUGGCCGCCGUUUUUCACAUCUGGACCGCCACGGAACGCAGGCUUCUGGCCAUCAUUUUGACCCUAUGCUUCUCGCCGUAGCGGCGGUGGAACUUCGGCCAAAGGCCCCAGAAGCGACCCAGACUGCGCCAGUUGGUGGAGGAGGCAGACUCGUUCCACAGCAUGCUCACGAGAAUUCGUGA